AUGGCCAUGGUCUGUCUGACUGACUUUGAGGAGUAUGCAAAGGCGCACCUGUCAAAGUCCACCUGGGAUUAUUACGCGGCCGGAGCGGACGAAUGCUGCACCAGAGAUGACAAUGUGCUGGCGUACAAGAGAAUUCGUCUGAGGCCUCGGAUCCUGCGGGACGUGUCUGUCAGUGACACUCGGACGACGGUCCAGGGCACAGAGAUCAGUUUUCCUGUGGGAAUCGCACCGACAGCCUUCCACUGUUUGGCCUGGCAUGAAGGAGAGGUCGCUACAGCUCGAGCCACGGAGGCCUUGAACACCUGCUACAUCACCAGCACGUACUCCACCUGCUCUGUGGAGGAGAUCGUGGCUGCAGCUCCAGGUGGAUACCGAUGGUUCCAGCUUUAUGUUUACCGCGACCGGAAACUGUCGGAACACAUCGUGCGGCGCGUGGAAGGUCUUGGGUACAAAGCCCUGGUCCUGACCGUGGAUGUGCCCUACACCGGAAAACGCCGAAACGACAUCCGCAACCAGUUCAAACUCCCUCCACAUCUGAAGGUCAAGAACUUUGAUGGGGUUUUUCAGCAAGAGCGGGCCGGGCCAGAGGAGUACGGGAUCCCUGCCAACACCCUGGACCCCUCCAUCAGCUGGAAGGACGUGUACUGGCUGCAGUCCAUCACUCUCCUGCCCAUCAUCAUCAAAGGCAUCUUGACCAAAGAGGACGCAGAGCUGGCGGUGGAGCACGGCGUCCAAGGCAUCAUCGUGUCCAAUCACGGAGGAAGGCAGCUGGAUGGGGGACCUGCCUCGAUUGAUGCACUCACAGAGAUCGUGGACACAGUGCGGGGCAGGAUAGAAGUGUAUAUGGACGGAGGGAUCAGGACCGGCAGUGACGUCCUCAAGGCUCUGGCUUUAGGAGCCAAGUGUGUGUUCAUCGGACGCCCGGCCAUCUGGGGUUUAGCCUACAAGGGUGAAGAAGGAGUAAGAGAAGUCCUACAAAUCUUAAAUGAUGAGUUCCGUCUGUCCAUGGCACUGUCAGGUUGUCGAAACUUGGAUGAAAUCAACAAGAACCUAAUUCAGUGUUCUAAAGUACUGGCGUCCGGUCUGGGGUCCGGCCUGUUCGGGAGGCUCUCGCUCAGGAGGCGAAAUAGCAGAAGCCGCAACAGCAGCCCUCAGCCCAGAGAAGCCGUCGACGCUGGAGCGAAUGUUGAUGACGGAGGACGGCUCAGAGGCGGACUGUCCCGGGGCGGCAGCAGACACCGGGACAGUCCCCGAGCUCAGGCCCAGGACAGAGCCCCAGAGCCCCCAGUGCAACAGGAUGUGAGACCCCCGUACCCCGCUCCUUCUCCCCUUCCCAUUCCUCUGCCCUCAUCUUCCUCCACUUUACCAAAGCGACCGGACAAAUCCACCAAACCCAAACUGCCCCCGAGGCCCCUCACCAAAGAGUUCAUCAAAGAGGAGCACGGAUCUGACAUGUUGCAGAGUCUGGACUCGUUCCGGGCCGGUGAUGUCCUCUGCGACGUGGUCCUUGUCCCUGGAAACAGUCCUGACAAGUUCCCCGUCCACAGAGUCCUCAUGGCGUCAUCCAGCGACUACUUCAAGGCCAUGUUCACAGGAGGCAUGAGGGAGCAGGAUAUGGAGGAGAUUAAGCUGCACGGAGUCACUAAGCUGGGCCUGAAGAACAUCAUAGACUUCAUUUACACGUCCAAAGUCACGCUGGACAUGGGGAACCUCCAGGACACUCUGGAAGCCGCCAACUUUCUGCAGGUCAUCCCCGUCCUCCGCUUCUGCAACCAACUCCUCUGCAGCGAGGUGACGAUUGAUAACUGCGUUGAAGUGGAACGAGUCGCUAUCGACCUGAAUCUGGAGGAUGUCCAGGCCAACAUUGGGGAGUUUGUGAGCCAAAACCUCUCGUCCUUGAUGGAGAGCGGCCUUCACCUGCAGCUGUCGGCCUCUACCAUGGCCACAGCUCUGUCCAGUAACUCCCUGAAGGGCUUCUCGGAGAUGGAACUCUACCAGAUUGCCAAAGAGUGGCUGGAUUACGACGCCCCGAGCCGCCGUCCCUCUGUGUACACUCUGAUGAGGCACAUCCGCUUCCCCCUCAUGAGCCCCAGCAACCUCAUCCACAUCUCACAGGCCGAGGAGGACGGCGGGAGCCCUGUGAUGCGCACAGAUGCAGCCUGUGUGAACCUGCUGCUGGAGGCCAGUAACUACCAGAUGAUGCCGUACAUGCAGCCGGCCCUGCAGAGCGAGAGGACGCAGAUCCGCUCUGACUCCACCCACAUCCUGGCACUGGGCGGAGUCAUGAGGCAGCAGCUGGUGGUCAGCCGCGAGCUCCGACUGUACGAUGAGAAGACCGGGCUCUGGGUACCACUCAGCCCCAUGGAGGCGCCGCGAUACCAGCACGGAGUGGCUCUGCUCGGGGGCUUCCUCUUCAUUGUCGGAGGGCAGAGCACGUACGACACCAAAGGUAAAACGGCCAUCGACAGUGCGUACCGUUAUGACCCACGCUUCGACAAGUGGCAUCAGAUCGCGUCCCUGAAUGAGAAACGAACCUUCUUCCAUCUCAGCGCUCUCAAAGGGAAGCUGUACGCAGUGGGAGGCAGGAAUGCUUCUGGAGAGAUUGACACAGUCGAGUGCUACAAUCUGAAGAAGAACGAGUGGACCUUCGUGACCAACAUGGUGGAGCCGCACUACGGACACGCAGGGACCGUCCACGGAGGCCUCAUGUACAUCUCAGGUGGAAUCACUCGCGACACGUUUCAAAAGGAGCUGUGGAGCUACGACCCCGUCUCGGACGUGUGGACACGGAGGGCCGACAUGAUCGACCUGCGGGGCCUCCACUGCAUGUGCACCGUGGGGGACCGGCUCUACGUGAUGGGCGGGAACCACUUCAGGGGCUGCAGCGACUACGACGACGUCCUGAGCUGCGAAUACUACAGCCCCCUGACCGACCAGUGGACCGUGGUGGCGCCCAUGCCUCGCGGCCAGAGCGACGUGGGCGUGACGGUGUUUAACGGACAGGUGUAUGUGGUGGGGGGUUAUUCUUGGAACAGCCGCUGCAUGGUGGACAUAGUGCAGAGGUACGACCCCGAAAAGGACGUGUGGGACAGGGUGUUUAACGUGCUGGAGCCACUAGGGGGCAUCAGGGCGUGUACCAUGACCGUGCACUUGCCUGAGUGGGCCGUGGACGAGGUGGAGAUCCAGGAGGGUCCACUGCACUCGUCAUGCAGCUGA